AUGUCGGUGGCCUCCGCCAGCGGGGGCGCCAUGUUUCCUCCGCCCACCAACUCCCCGCAGCAGAAACUCUGGGAGGACCCCUCCUUCUUCCGGUGGAGGAAGCGGGACGCGCACGUGCCGCUCCGCUCGCAGGACACGCUCCAAGGGGCGCUCAAGUACUGGCGCGAGCGGAGGAACGUGAGCCACCUGGACGCCGAGGCCGCCGUCUGGGACGACGGCGCGGUCCGCGGCGCGCUGGAGAGCGCCGCGUUCUGGUCCCGGGGGCUGCCGUACGCGCGGUCGCUCAGCGGGCACUGGAAGUUCCGGCUGGCGCAGUCGCCGGAGACCGUCCCGGACAAGUUCUAUGACGCCCAGUUCAAUGACUCUGACUGGGAGGCUCUGCCAGGCACGGUUGCUGCUUGCUGGUUCCGAUGUGCUUUUAGUCUCCUGCUGUUAUUUAGUUAUGUAUUUUUUUGUUUUGUUUUGCUGGAAUUCUGUUGUCUAAUGGAUAUGGAUAUCAACUUGGUUGCAGUUCCAUCCAAUUGGCAGAUGCACGGGUUCGACCGUCCGAUCUACACAAAUGUCACUUAUCCUUUCCCGAUGAACCCGCCGUUUGUGCCUUCUGAGAACCCCACAGGCUGUUACAGGAAGGUUUUUCACAUCCCAAAAGAAUGGAAAGGUCGGAGGAUCUUGUUGCACUUUGAAGCUGUUGAUUCAGCUUUUCUUGCUUGGGUAAAUGGCGUACCAAUUGGCUAUAGCCAAGACAGCAGGCUUCCUGCUGAAUUUGAAAUCACUGAUUGCUGCCAUCAUUGUGAUUCAGACAAGGAAAAUGUUCUUGCUGUUCAAGUCAUGAGGUGGAGUGAUGGUUCUUAUCUUGAAGAUCAAGACCAUUGGUGGUUGUCCGGUAUUCACAGAGAUGUGUUGCUAUUAUCAAAGCCACAGAUCUUUAUUACAGAUUACUUUUUCAAAGCAACUUUGGAUGAGAACUUCCGGGUAGCUGAUAUUGAGGUUGAGGUGGAAAUUGAUUCACACAAGCAAGACAGGGAGCAUAUCCCAACUUUGUCGAUUGAAGCAACAUUAUUUGAUAAUUCUGAAUCAUCUGAUGAUUUGAAUUCAGACAUGUCUGCUGCUAACGUGGUCAACUUGAAGACAAAGCCAAAACCUAAGGGCGGCCCUUGCCAUGGUUUUCAUGGUUAUGUUCUUGGUGGAAAAGUGGAAAAUCCAAAGCUUUGGUCUAGUGAAAAACCGAACUUAUACACUCUUGUUGUUCUCCUUAAAGAUGCCAAUGGGAAGCUUAUUGAUUGUGAAUCAUGCCAAGUAGGGAUUCGUAAUGUGGUCCUGGCACACAAGCAGAUGCUUGUCAAUGGAUCUCCUGUUGUAAUUAGAGGUGUCAACAGACAUGAGCAUCAUCCACGUGUUGGGAAGACAAAUUUAGAAGCUUGCAUGAUCAAGGAUCUGGUUUUGAUGAGACAAAACAACAUCAAUGCUGUUAGAAACUCCCAUUACCCCCAACAUCCAAGGUGGUAUGAGUUAUGCGACAUUUUUGGUCUUUAUGUAAUUGAUGAAGCCAAUAUCGAGACACAUGGCUUUGAUGAAAAUAGCCAUUUCAAACAUCCUACACUAGAACCCAUCUGGGCAAAUUCUAUGCUUGAUCGUGUCGUUGGCAUGGUGGAGAGGGACAAAAAUCAUGCGUGCAUAAUUAUUUGGUCCUUGGGAAAUGAAGCCUCAUAUGGACCAAAUCACUCUGCUAUGUCUGGGUGGGUUCGUGGAAGAGACCCAACAAGGCUCAUCCAUUAUGAAGGAGGUGGCUCCAGAACAUCAUCCACAGAUAUUGUAUGCCCCAUGUACAUGCGUGUCUGGGAUAUUCUCAAGAUUGCAAAUGACCCAUCUGAAAACAGGCCCCUCAUUCUUUGCGAAUAUUCACAUGCUAUGGGGAACAGUAAUGGAAAUAUUGACGCAUAUUGGAAGGCGAUAGACAACACGAUGGGACUCCAAGGAGGUUUUAUAUGGGACUGGGUCGAUCAGGGUCUACUGAAGGAGGAUGCUGAUGGAUCUAAAUCUUGGGCAUAUGGUGGUGACUUUGGAGACACUCCAAAUGACUUAAAUUUUUGCAUUAAUGGCAUUGUGUGGCCUGAUCGGACGCUUCACCCUGCUGUUAAUGAGGUUAAAUAUCUUUACCAGCCUAUCAAAAUAUCGCUGGUGGAUAAUAUUCUUAAGAUUGAAAAUAGACAAUUUUCUGAGACAACAGAGGCUUUGGACUUCAGUUGGAUUCUUCAUGGGGACGGAUGCGUUUUGGGCUCUGGUUUACUCAGUGUUCCAAACCUAGCACCACAAAGUAGCCAUCUUAUCAACAUGGAAUCAUCACCUUGGUUUACUCUCUGGAGUACCAGUGCAGCAAAAGAAACCUUUUUGUCUGUACACGUGAUACUGAAGGACGAAACACGAUGGGCUAAAGCUGGUCAUGUCUUGGCUUCAGCACAACUUUGUUUACCUCAGACAAAGGGUUUUGUUCCUCAUGUGAUAGCAUUGUCCAAGAGCCCUCUGAGCUCUGAACAGGUUGGUGAUGGUGUAAUCAUUAGCAAGAACCACGAAUGGCAAAUCAAAAUAAACAGUCAGUUGGGAACAAUUGACAGUUGGAAGAUCAACAAUGUCGAGCUUAUGAGCAAGGGAAUAUUUCCUUGUUUUUGGCGUGCACCAACCGACAACGACAAUGGAGGCUUCUACACCAAGUCCUAUGCCACAACAUGGAGAGAAGCCUUCCUCGACAACGUCUCUUUCUACAGCAGCCAGUUUUCAGUGAAGGAGCUGCCAGACCACACCGUCGAGGUUUCUACCACAUAUUACGGCCUUCCAGGGCACCUGCCAAAACCCGACGCUGCCGCUCUUUCAGAGGCUUCUGAGUCCGUGCUUUUCCGGGUCCACAUGCGUUGCCGGAUCUACGAGUCCGGCGACGUAAUCCUGGACUACGAGGUAAACCCCAAGAGCGACCUCCCCCCUCUCCCACGGGUGGGCGUCGUGUUCAACGCGGAGAAGUCCCUGAACCAUGUCACGUGGUACGGGAGGGGCCCGUUCGAGUGCUACCCCGACCGCAAGGCCGCGGCGCACGUCGGCGUGUACGAGAGCGGCGUGGAAGACCUCCACAUGCCCUACAUCGUCCCGGGCGAGUGCGGCGGCCGUGUGGACGUCCGGUGGGUGGCGCUUAAGAACGCCGACAAGUUCGGCCUUUUCGCGUCAACCCACGAUGAGUCCUUGCCUAUGCAGGUGAGCGCCAGCUACUAUGGCGCUGCCGAGCUCGACCGGGCGUCCCAUCAGCACAAGCUGGUCAAGGGAGACGACAUCGAGGUGCAUCUUGAUCACAGGCACAUGGGGGUGGGCGGGGACGACAGCUGGACGCCGUGCGUGCACGAGCAAUACCUGCUGUCGCCGGCGGCGAGCUACAGGUUCUCGCUGCGGCUGCGUCCCCUGUCGCCGUCAUCGUCGUGCCACGACAUCUACAGCUCCCAGCUACCUAAUUGA